AUGGGCAGGGUGAAGGUGAAGCUUGCAUGGAUUGAGAAGGACUCCUCAAGGAACAUAACAUACAAGAAAAGAAAGAAUGGUCUCUUGAAGAAGGUGAGAGAGCUAAGUGCUCUGUGUGAUGUAAAAGCUUGCGCAAUUAUUUACCCUUGGGGUGGUAAUGUACCGGAAGUCUGGUCAUCGACACCAGACCCGAUGGACGUUUUGGUGCCAUUCAUGCAAAAACCAGAACUGGAAAGAAGAAAGAAGAUGGUGAAUCAGGUGAGGUUUUUGCAACAACAAAUAAUGAAACUUGAAGAACAUGCUCUUAAGCAAGAGAAGGAGAACAAUGAGCUUGAGAAUAUGGUGUUGCUGGGGCAGUGUCUUAAGGGGAAAGAUCUUCAUGGGCUUUAUCUUGAAACAAUAUCAAGCUUGAAUUGGUUGGUGGAUAACAAGUUGAAGUUGGUGAAAGAGAAAGUGGUGAAGAAGAAGGCUGAAAUGGCUGCCAAUGGAGAAGGAUCAUUAACGACAAGUGCAGUUGGGAUGCAUGGUUGGUGCUUGGGUUUCAAUGAGCACAAUGUUAUUGGAGGGGAGAAGUUUGGCCAACCUUCUUGUGGGAAUAUUAAUAAUGAUGAUGGUGAUGAUGAUAACAUUGCAUGGUUGGAUGGGUUUUUCCCUGAUUAA